AUGGUUCCCGUCACUCCAUCUCGGUCCUCCGCGGACAACAACAACACUAACAACGCCGAUUAUACACGGCCUCAAGACGCUGCAUCGCCGUCCAACUUUACCCAGCACUCCAAGAAGAGAAGAGGGAACGCUGCUAUCAAUUUGCAGCCCCCUCCUUUCGUAUUAGGACGAGGAGCACCGACUACCAACACGGCGACGAAGGCCAUCGAGAGCUACUUCGACGACAUCGACCGCGCGGCUGCUAUCAAACGACGUGUCUGGCAGCAAUACGCCUCCGCUUCGGACUGGAUUGUGGACGACCAACCUGACCCCGAAUCUCGACACUAUGCGCAGGAGUUCUCUAAGAGUCUCCUUACGUUUAUGCGUACUCAUUCACACGCAACCACCGGGGCAGCCACUCCCCCUCCUCCUUCGACCGCUCCUCAUAGCAGCGAGCAAACGGCCCCCUCCAAGUCUGUCUUAUGGGCAGAUUCCGCGGGGCCCUCGAAGACCCUGAAAAACUCAGGGGCUGCCGCUCAGUCGGCAAUCGCCAAGCUGUCCCGAUCCUCUUCCGUUAUAGGAAUAGGACCUGCAGGGACCCGCAAGCCUACGAGCUCUCAGGCCACUCGCAAGUCUUUUAGCGAACAACCCAAGACACGCCAAGACAAGCGAGUCCUGAUUCAGGUACCUUCCGCCGCACUCCUAGCUCGUCCCGACAGCUACGCCGCCCGCAAGGCCAUUGCCGACAAACUGGACGGCGUCGACAUAACCACCAUCCCUCGUCUUGAGGCUACUCGCACGGGUUGGGCACUCACCCCGAUCAACCUCAAAGCGAGGGACCUCCUUAUCACAGACGAGGCCAAAAAGGUGUACCAAGAGGUUCUUGGGGCCACGGGAGCGACUAUCCCGGUCAAAUGGUACACGUACGCUGUCCAGGGGGUCCCUGCCGAAAUCAGGGGCCUCUUCGGUGAGAUUUUCAGGACGGCGGAGCAUAUCGACGAGGAGAUCCUGGCCCAGGCCGGGAGAGCCCCGGUGAGCGUCCGCAUCUCUCAGCACGGAGCCGACCCGGCGACCGGCUUGACCUGCUGGAUGGUCUCCUUCUUAGAGGAGGUCCGCAGCUUUAGGUUGUUCGGCUGCAGCAGCUACUCUCGGUUGGUCGACAAGAAGCAACCUAUCAAGAGGCACGACCCUGGCUGCCUCGGCUGGUGUAACCCGGCCAGGUGCACUCGGCACGCACGCUGCUCCUACUGCGGCGAGCGAAGAGACCAGCACGACGGGCCCGACGGCAAAGACUGCACGGCACCCCUUCGCUGUGCAAACUGCCACGGCCCGUACGAGGCCAGUCACAAGAACUGCCCUGCGGCUCCCAAGCGAGUCAACGGCAAGGUGAUCACUCUCACCAAGAAGGAGCUGGGCGCCGUCCGACGACUAGGAGCCCAGGCCUACGCCAUUGCCACUGCUCCUGUGACGGAGGAGAACGAACCGACCCCGGCUUCUCAACCAGAGACUCCUGCCACCGGUGUCAACGCGGCUCCCCCCCGAAAAAGACGCGCCCUUGCGGUGCAAGAGCACGAGCGAGCGACCUCCUCCCAGGCCGUCUCCUCACAAUCCUCUUCUCAGUCCUCUACGCAAGCUACGAGACCUCUGCGCAGUACGGCUACGCGCAAGAACCUCAACGAAAAGACUCUGAUGGACAGCGCCUUCUCUGCCAUAGACGAAGGAGGGGACACGCUAAUGGCGACAUCGGACUAUCACGUGGACAAUACUACCAGCUCAUCCUCCUCGUCUCCCUUCAGAGAAAUCCAAGUCUGUUGGGCGAACGUAGGCAAGGGGCAGCCACACCACAUUGCCCUACUCCACCUUUGCUAUUCGGCAAACAUUGACGUUAUCUGUGUCCAAGAGCCGUACACGCACUCGGGCACCAAAACCCAGAACCACCCGUCUUACGAAUGCUAUGCUCCGAUAGAAUCGUGGGAUAGUCAAGACGAUGCUCAGGAUCUCCUGUGGGUCGAUGUGAACGGCUUCGCUACUUUGAACGUCUAUCGGCAACCCUUGAUGGACCCGAUUAUAGACUACAUCACCCACCUCGUCCCUCCUUCCAAGUGCCUGAUUGGAGGGGACUUUAAUGUGUGGCACGACAUGUUCGAACCAGGGGUUGAGCCCAAGGGCCGAGGAGGAGACCUUGCGGCCUGGUCCAAUGCUAGUGGGAUGGACUACAUUGGACUCCCGGGCGACCCCACCCACAAAGCUGGUCACGUUCUAGACUUGACCUUUUCAAAUAUCCCGUUUGCUCAAACGACAAUUCGCCCCGAUCUCCAUUCGGGCUCAGACCACGAGACCCAAGUCACGACUAUCCCUAGCCGAGGAGUCGUUCCUUUAGAGCGCUUCCAAUACCGGGUACCGGACCAGGACCUCGAGAAAUUCGCUUCGCUUGUGGCGCUAGGCGUAGACCAACUCCCCGACCCGUGGACGAUACAUUCCACCGAGGAACUCGAUCAGCUUGCGAUCAGCUUAGCCACUGCCUUCAACUCUGCCCUAGAAGUUGCGGGACAGCCCGCCCGGGAGGGGCUGACGGCUGCACCAUGGUGGACGGCAAACUGCCAGACAGCGUACAAGAAACACUUGGCAGCGCGCUCCGUAGUGUACGACGGAGAACCGACCCAAGAAACGCGAGACUGGCUCGCUACAGUCAGGAAAGCCAAGAGGGCCUAUUGGACCCACGUGAUCGACGGAGUGAAAUCGGACCAAGACCUGUACAAGGUCAUGAGCUGGCACAAGCUCACUCCGAACCUGAAAUCGCCCCCUCUAAUAGUCAACGACGAGGCCAUCGAGGACACUAGAGAGAAGGCGGACGCGCUGCGAGAAGGCAUCCUUGGACGGUUCAGCGCCGCCGACGACCUCGACUACGAUCCACUCGCCAGCUGGGAAGGCACUGGCCGGCUCCCUUGGGAUACUACGGUGUCACUAGAAGAAGUAGAGUCCCACGUGAUCGGGGUGACAAGCACUUCACCCGGGACGGACAAGAUCACCGUACGACUGCUCAAAGCAUGCUGGCAACACGUCCAUCACUUCUUCUAUGGCUUCUUCAACAGGUGCCUGGCUCUUCACCAUUUCCCGGAUGCGUGGAAGCUCGCCGAGGUCUCGAUGAUCCCUAAGGUAGGGAAAAGGGACAAGACCUCUAUCCGCUCUUGGCGACCGAUUGCUCUGCUCUCGUGCAUCUCCAAGGGACUGGAGCGCAUCGUUGCGAAGAGAAUUGCGUGGACUGCCCUCACCAACGACGUCUUUAGCCCACAACACGCGGGAGCCUUCCUACGGCGCUCUGCAUUGGACCUCGCUUCGUGCUUAACACACGAUAUCGAGUCCGCACUUGCAGCUGGAUACCAGGUCACCAUGGUCAUCAUGGACGUCCAAGGAGCCUUCGAUGCGGUCUUGACCCGUCGCCUCCUUAAACGCAUGACGGAGCAGGGCUGGCCGUACCCACUGCUUAAGCUGGUGGAAUCCUUUCUUUCAGACCGCAAGGUCAGGGUCCGACUGGAGAAAGAAAUCACGGACACCUACGACGACCGGACAUUGCGCUUCGGGUACGCUGACGAUAUUUGCUUGUAUCGCGUCAGUCGCACCCUCGACCGGAACAUCGCUAUGCUUCGAGACGAUGUCAAUUCUAUCAUUGAGUGGGGUAACACUCACAAGAUCGCCUUCGCUCCGGAGAAGAUCGAGAUGAUGCACUUCUCUCGCAAGAAAGGCACGUAUGCCCCCCCCCUCGUGGUCGAUACCAUGACCAUUCCGUGCAUCACCACGGGUCCGAGGGACGGGGACACACCUGCGAUACGAUGGCUUGGGGUCUGGUUUGACCGCAAGCUGAAGUUCCGCCGACACGUCCGGGAACGGGCGGCCAAGGCUAGGAAAGUCGCCCAGCACAUCCGCAGUCUCGCCAGGACAGUCCACGGUCCUUCUGCGGCCUCACUGCGCAAGGCAGUUACUACCUGCGUGCUGCCCUCGGUGCUUUACGGCACGGAGGCGUGGUACGCAGGGCGCUAUCGCCCAAUCUGCAAGUCCGGAAGACCAGAAGUUGUUAGCGCUCGGGUCGGAGGGAUGGUUGACCUCAUUGAUAAGACGAUAACCCUCGCGGCGCGCGGGGUACUCCCGGUCUGGAGAACGACACCAACGGCAACGCUCUUUCGAGAUGCCGGGCUCCCUUCCGGCACUGCGGCCUUGGAAGAAGCUAAGGCUAGGUUUGCAAUGAGACUGAAGACGGUGGACGACAAGCACCCACUGGUCAGCCGGAUACCUCUGCGGAUCCGACAACGCGGUCGCGGCGCGGGGACUACUAGGAUCCCCGAGACCAAGAUCCAAAGACUAGGAACUCUCCUCCCAGACGUUCCCCGCCCUCGCCUCGUCCCUCCGCACUUCACAUCGGGGAGCAGACGGGACCCGGCGGACGGCAAAACGAAGAAGGAAGCUGCUGCCGCAUUCGAAGCAUGGUGGCAACAGCUCCCGCCAGAGGACAUCACGAUCUUUUCAGACGGGUCAGAACAGUACGACCAAGGCAACCGACUGGUAGGCUACGGGUACGUAGUCUAUCGAGGACGACAGGAGACAAGCCACGGGUACGGCUCUAUCAACGACUGCUCCCACGUCUUUGACGCAGAGGCGAUAGGGGCAUGGAAAGGCCUCGAACGAGUGGUGCACGCUUAUCCGACGGCGAGACGGAUCUGGCUUUGCAUCGACAGCACAUCAGUCAUCUGGUGUCUUCGCGGAAAUGCUUCCCCAUCAUCGCAAUGGGCGUUCCUGAACGUCCAAGGGGUGAUGGAGACUCGAGACGUGCGAAUACGAUGGUCCCCAGGGCACAUGGGCAUCAAAGGGAACGAACGGGCGGACAAGCUUGCAGACCUAGGGGCAAGGAAACCGGACUGGGACACUGGUCUGGCAUCGCAACCUACGAUCAGCGGCAUUCGCACACUCUUCCGCGAUAUACGGGAUGGAGCACGAGAAGCCUGGUGGAGCGCAAGCUCUCUUAAGCUCUCACGCUCGUAUCGGAAAUGGGGCCUUCUAUACCUAGUCAAGCCCCUCCCGGAGCUAGAACUCCCACGACAUCACCACGACGCCAACCUAAGGUGUGCUUGCGGCAAACGCAAGUCCCCUUUGCACAUAGCCUUCUGCCGAUUCACGCAACGACGCUUCUUUUCUUGGCCUUACAAGACUCGACCGCGGACCCCUCCGAGCACGAUCCCGGAAGCCUACGACUUCCUUAAGGGUCUCCUUAACAAUCCGGCCGAUUUUCAGGCCUUCUUGACCACCACGGAGUUCUACUCCAAGCACUGCACCCGAUAG